UGAUUCAUCUUGAUUCAUCUUGAUAUCACUCCCUCUCGUCCCUGUGAACUCACCCCACGUGACAUAUAUCCACCAAAAUCGCAGGAUCCCCAACUCAAGAAAAUCACGUGAGUGGCGUUGUCUAGCGCCUUCGAAGCGCCAGGGAUAAAUCCAGUUUCAACGUCGGUGUCUGCCAGAUUCAGUCAAACCCAACCAGUUCCCAUCCACGCCAUCCAUGCCAUCACAGCUCACUAAGCGAAGUGCUGCUACGCCAAAAGGCCAUGGCGAUCCAUUGGGCUUUGCGAUCCAAAUGCCAACCUGCAUUGCAGCUUGCUUGUCUUCAUGCCACAUGGUCCCUCACAUUGGUCGCUCUUCUGCCACAUCCUGCGUCAUUCUGCUUGCGCCCUCUCACCCUUGGGCUGCGUCGCAACCUCAUGUCGAUCUGGCCACGUCUUGACCUUUGUCUAUCUUGGGCGAACAGUUGGUCGAUGAGCAUUCUCGCGGUGUCGUGCUUUUAUUUUUAAAUGGACCAUGUUUGCCAACUUGCGCUACGCUUGUUGGAUCCAGUCCCUGAUUUAUAUUCCAUCUCCAGGUUGGUCUCGGUCCUAUUUGGAACUUGCUUUUUCUCCUGUAAGCCAACGUGAUACCCAACCUGGCUUGUCAUUUUCCCGCGCGCUGCAAUAUCAGCCAUUUAUAACCCCGCUAUACCAACCGUGAAUCGAGAACUUGGUCAUCCAACCCAACAUGUUUGGCAAAAGCAGUGAUAAUGGGGACCUCGAACGACCAACAUCAUCAGCAGCACAUUCCAAUAAUGAAACCAAUCACUCUCGUCGGCACAAACCGCUACCCGAGCCAGCGGCGACUGCAUCAUCGAGCCAUAGCAAAGCCCCACCAUCCGUCAAGCGCAAAGAUACCUUCAAAAGCCUUGGGCGUUCAGACACCUUAUCGUCCAAGCCUCCUUUAGUGCGCGUGCCAUCUGUGCAAACACGAUAUAUGGAAAUGCUGUUGCAUCUCGACUCGAUCCCUCGUAUCCAUAAUAUCGCCGCCAGUCUAUUCACUUGGAUUAUUCUUGCCGGCUUUCUUGUUGUUCCUGGCACGUUCAACACCUUCAAGGAUUCGGAUGAGUUCCAAAGCGCUUCCGAGAAGAGCGCAAUCAUCAAUUCCAUCUCCAACGUCCCUUUACUGUACGUCUCGGCCUCCUUCUGUGGAUCCGGGGUUCUUGGCUGCCUUUGGUUGUGGUACCGAUGGCGACACAACUAUGUCUGGUUGAUCAAUCGUGUUUUCCUCCCUGUCACACUUAACUCAGUUGCGGGUCUCAUCACCACAGUGGUCAAUGUCUACACCGCCCAGAAGCACGUCUGGAGCAUCACUGCCAAAAUCACUGCUAUUGUGAUUGGCUCUUGUGUUGGUAUCGGGGGUUUCUUGUUCCUGACCUACAACUUCUGGGCCCUGCGAAAUGUGCGAAAGUCGCACGAUUCGGCCUUGGGUCUUGACCAGGAGCAUGAAGACGAGACGUUGGUGGAGAAAGUGAAAAGGAAAGCCCAUGAACCACCUCUCCAGUCUGGAAGUGUGGUGUAAGGUAGUAUUCACUUCUCGAAAUGUAACAGAUGAUAGAGAUGGGACGAUAUUUGGAAAGCCCGAAUCGGCGCGAUGACUCUGUAAUGAUAUGAAGAACAUAGUGGUGAGUGUAUGAUUACACCAGUUGGAUAGUGGUCUGCGGAUGAAGUC